AGUAGAUCAAAUGAAAAUGUAACCGAUUAUCAUUUAUCAAAGCAGCAGUGGACGCCCAAAUUAGUAUCGGCCCAUGUUAUCAUUUCUUGAGGAAUAUUUGGACUUGUCAAACGUUCUCACGCGCUGCUUCUGGUUACUCGACACCCAUAACUAAAUUGGUGCAAAGGAGAGAGAAAAGGAACUCACGAGAUUCAGAUCAGCCGCAGAGGGUAGAGGACUGGCGGAGUAAUAGCCGGCAAGAGGAUUCAGAUGAAUUUUCUGGCGACAAGAGAAUGAAAAAUACGUAUAAGCUGAAAAAUACGAAUGAGCGGAUGGAUAGAGAGAAAGAAGAGAAGGUGAUUUCGACGUCAACGUUGAAGAAGAGGGAGAAAUUUGAGAGGAGACUAGUGAAAUACAAUGACUUGCCUGAGUAUUUACAAGAUAACGAGUGCAUAUUGGAUUACUACCGGUGCGAAUGGCCGGUGAAGGACGCGUUCUUGAGCGUCUUCUCUCUGCACAACGAAUCGCUCAAUGUCUGGACGCAUUUGGGAGGGUUUCUGAUAUUUUUGGGGCUGACGGUGAUGAGCUGUGUGGAGACGACGGAGCUGGGGGGAUUCAUAAACGGUUUCUCCAGAAGAAAAGGUUCUGAAUCGUUGAUGGGGAUGAAGAUGAAGAGUCAGGAGUUCAACGUCUCUGAUACUCACAUGCUUAACGAUGUCCACUUGGGACACAUUUCACAAGAAUCGACUUUCCACAUGCAUAAACAAGGUGGUUUUGAAAUUAUCCCCACAUGGCCGUGGUUUGUUUUCUUAUCAGGAGCAAUGGGGUGCUUGGUUUGCAGCUCCCUCUCCCACCUUCUUGCUUGCCAUUCCAAGCACUUCAACCUUUUCUUUUGGCGCCUAGAUUAUGCUGGAAUUUCCCUUAUGAUUGUUUCCUCAUUCGUAGCUCCAAUAUAUUAUGUCUUCUACUGCAAUCCCUUGGCACGAUUCGUUUACAUUAGCACCAUAUCUGUGGUUGGUAUCCUUGCCAUUAUCACCCUCCUCACACCUGUUCUCUCUACUCCUCGUUACCGAGCUUUCAGGGCUACUUUGUUCUUCAUCAUAGGGAUAUCAGGGGUGAUUCCAGCAGUACAUGCAGUUUCCAUCCACUGGGGCAGUUCACAUAUAUUUGCAUCCAUCGGUCUCGAGUUACUUAUGGCCGUUUUAUACGUUGCAGGAGUUGCGUUUUACGUUACUAGAGUACCAGAACGUUGGAAGCCUGGCGCUUUUGACAUUGCAGGACAGAGUCAUCAGAUCUUUCAUGUGUUUGUUGUUCUUGCUGCACUUGCUCAUUCUGCUGCUAUAUUAGUAGUUCUGGAUUUUCGCUGGAAAUCACCUACCUGCUCAUCUUAAGCAUACUCAGCUACGCAUUAACAAGUGGUGUCAGGGUCUUUCACCUUAUCUAUUUUAUUUUAUUCUUAAAUAAACGUCUAUUCUUCUCUCCUAUCUAUAUCUUUUGUAAUACUAGAAUGAAAUUUUCUGCAGUUGCAUUGUAUAUCAGACUAUGAUUUUAAAUUGCAA